GUGCACCCUACGUGCGAGCAAGUGUUUUUCGUCGUCGGCUCUCCGUGUGUGCACGAGAGGGAAACGAUCAAAUUAAAAAAAAAAAAAAAAAAAUAAAAAAAAAGAAGAGGGAGGAAAAGAAAAGGAACCUUUGUGCCUCGGUGUGUCGUUGCAGUGUUACGUAUGCUCGAAUCCUCGUCGACCUGCUCUCGCCUUCGUCGAGUGAUCGCGCUCGGGCGUACGGAAAACGCGUGGUGACACCGCCGGGACUUGGAUCGAAAAUUGCGUUCCACGGUGCGCGCGCUUCGCGCCGGUGACCCUGACAUUCGAGAGGAGCACCCGACACAUUUGACUAGCCGCGCCGCUACGGGAAUCAUCGUUCCGUCUCGUUCGACUUGAUCGAAAGUACCGCGCGUCGAGACGUCUAGGCGUCGUCGAGGAACCGCGGUUGACCUUGACUUUGGUACCACCGGGGCGCCACGCGUUUACAGGCCAACCAUUCGUCCGAGAUCGAAUCGCGCGAUCGUCGUUCGGGACGAUAUCGAAGAAUCGUGUCGUGCGCGUCAAGUGACGACGACCUUGAUUUCGCCGAACGCGCGACAGCUUUUCUCGAUUCGAUCGUCCGGUCAGCCGCGCGCGCUUUUGCACCUCGGUGCCCGCCUUGUUUGCCCGAGUUCGUGCACGGCACACCGUCGUGUCGUUUUCUACUAAUUUAUUACGCGACAAUUCGCCAGACCGAAUCGAUCGUUGAAUGGGUGCGCGUGAGACGACACAGGCGAGCCGUGGGAACUGCGUGAAGAUGAAAGAAUAGAAGAGGAGAUAUCAUCGUCGAGGAAUCGUUUCGCGCGACCAAAGCCCGCGUUCCGAUCGGUCGGUUCGUUUGGAUCCAGCGUCGGCCAAUCGUGCGAUUUUUGUCGAGCGAUCGUUGCCGCUUACCGGAGGAGAGAAGACACGAGAUUCUCUCGGACACGUUGGAAGGGAUCGGACGAAACGUCAAGGCGGUUCGAUACCGAUCGCGAGGAGGAAGAAGUGUGAUGGCACCGCGGCGUCACGCGAACGGCCACGGUGGUGCAUUGAUGGAGAACGGCGGAGGCAUCAACGACGCGAUGGAGAACCUGCUGACGCAGAAUCAGACGACCCGUUGCUGCACGCCGACCGGCGAGUGUCUGCGCGGCGACGCUUUAAUUCGCUUGAACGCGUUGCACGACACGGUCAAGGUAACUUGCAACAACGAGAGUUGUCCCGUUGGCCAGUUCAUGCAUCGCGAGUGUUUCGACGCAUGGGAACAAACUGUGCUGACGUACCUGAAAAGCUGCGGCCGUGCUCGUAGUUGGUCAGAGAGGCAGCGCCAUCAGAAUCUUUGGACGAAAAAAGGUUACGAUCUCGCGUUCAAAGCGUGCGGCUGUCGCUGCGGUCGUGGACACCUCAAGAAAGAUCUCGAUUGGAUGCCGCCAGGUACCGGGAACGCUUCCGGCAAUCGACCGGACGAGAACGAAGCGAAGAAAAAGAAACGUCGUAAUCGGCAAAAUACUAGACCCACGUUGUCCGUUUCGGCCGGUCCACCGAGUCACGGCAAUCACGUCUCGACGAACGGUCGCGGUACCACCGAGGCACAGUUGAUCGAAUCCGGUCGUGGAAGGGCUGGUUCUCUGUCUUCCAGCACCGGAUCGAGUUCACCACCAGCAACCAGCGAACCCAGCGUCAGCCCUCUUCAUCAACCACAGGCUAUCAUGAAGAAGAAGAGCAAGGUCGAUUUCUUCAGCGAUCGAGCAAGGCAAAGCUGCGGUGCAAACGGAAUCUUUUCGCGUCGGCUGGACUUCAGCGCGUUCAACAGCCUGCCGCGUACCAAGUUGAACUCCUACCACAUCAAGAUGGAAGACGAGGGUAAUCACGGCAACGACGACACCAGAUGCUUCAUCCUGUCGACCUUGGCCGCACUGCAGUGGUCCCGAGUUUCCUGCGUACUCUGUCGUUCGCCUAUGCUCGUUUUCGACAGGUAUCCUUUAGUGGACGGUACGUUCUUCCUGUCACCGAGGCAACAUUCACCCGCUUGUGCAGAGGUGAAGGUCGAAGGUCGUACGCAAUUCUUGUCAGCGGUGUGCAUGAGUUGCCUGGAAGGCAGCGGUGGCCAGCCUGUUCGUUGUCGUUGCUGCACUCAGCCGUGGGACGGAUCUAGUUUAGUUCUUGGAACGAUGUACAGCUACGAUAUCUUUGCUGCCAUGCCCUGUUGCACGGAGCGACUCAAGUGCAACAGCUGCCAGAAACCUCUGAUCUAUCCGCACCAACGGUUGAAUUUCUAUUCGGACUACAGCCGUGUUUUCGCCUGCCCGCAUUGCAGAGCCGUGGACGCCCAUUUCGUGAAACCGCUCUCGAUCUGCUUCACCCGCGAGCAGUUUCAGCUUUACAGCCAGUGGCCGUAACCAUUAGAGAACUUAGCUAACCGGCGUCCAAGCACCUCGGCUGACCCGUGUCCCCACUUCUUCGACCCAUUGAUCUCUCUACUGCGAGCGACCUUGCUCUAGAUUCUAGAUCCUCCAUCAACACCACUCGUCGAUCAUUUUAAUUCGUUACCGCAACCUCAUCGAUUGGAAGAAAGAGUACGAAGCGCCGAAUUUACUCCAGCACCUGACACUUUGCUCUGGUCUCGCCUUCAUUCGAGUCCAAAAAAUAUUUAUUUUUCCUUUGUGAAACAGAUCAAUUUUUAAGUUACUCUUUUUUACUUUACUCUUUUCUUUUCAGAUCGGACAAGUACGCGAUACAUUUCGAUUUCGAAGCUCGCGUUCGUAAUUCGAUAGAUCAACAAUACCGAGAGUCGUUCGAAACCGAAAUUUCUCCGAUACUUGUCCUCUAUUAUCAACGAAAUCAUCGAGUUCGAAGCGAAAUUUUCUUUUUCUUCUUUUCUCUUCUUUGUUGCUCGAUUCGAAUCAACGACGAAGAGGAUAAUACCUUGGUAGCGGAUGGAGGACCGGAAGUAUGUCAGGUACCGGAUCAAUUUUUGUAACAGCGAUAUCGUUUAAGCUUUUUCUUUUUACUAUGUCGACAGUACGGUUAUGUAUGUACGUUAGUAGAACGCGAAGGACGGUUACGAGCUCGUCGAUGGGUUCGAUCGACGAGUCUCGACGACGCGUAUCGAGGCCCAUUACCGAUUCGACGAAACUCGAAUUCGUCGACAAGAAUCCAGGCUAAGGAUUAUCGUCAGUAUUAUCGAUAAGAACGAGAAGAAAAACGAAACGAGACUUUGUUCUCCCUAUAAAUUUCGCUUUUGUGUUAGCAAAAAUUUAUGCGUAGGAAUUGUAUUUUCUAGCAAAAGAAACAACGCGAGUUUCUUUCCGUUUUCGUUUAGAAUAUUUUUCGCGCGUCUAUUAGCGGAAUUGAAACUGCGAGUUUGACAACAGAUGCAAGAAUUCUUUAGUAAUAGUAGGAUAGGUGGUUGUAAAUUAAUUUCAUUCGAAAAAGUAUAUCGUUGCGCCUCCGAUUUUUUUAUCGUCGUGCUUUAGCUGAUAAGAAAGUUCGAACAAUUACGUUUAAAUUGAAGAAAUGUUCCGCGAUCGCGUCGUCGACGCGUCCGUCCCAUUUCCGCGCUCGAACCGAACGAUUUUUUCUUCCGAUCGUUCGAUGAUCGUGUUAUCGUCCCUCGCGUUCCCAUAAAUCGCGUCGCGUUCAAGGGUGGAUUAAGAGAAAGGAUUGCGGAGACAAAAGAUAAAACGACGAGAACGAUAAUAUUAUGAAAUAUAUAUAUAUGACGUUAGGACGCGGAAAUGGAAAAGAAAUAAACAAAAAAAGUCAGACUUCCCUUUCUUUUGUACGAAUAAAGUAGGUAUGUACGUGAAAAUGGAAAAAGGAAAAAAAGAUAAUGACGAUGAGGAAAAAGCGCCACUCUUAAAAGAACAAUGAGGGGGGAAGAGAUAUUAUGAACUAUCGUUUGUUACUUAGAUAAUCGAGAACGUUGUUUUUUUUACAUUUUAUUAGUUUAUACGUUUACGGCGGCCAUGUUGAUUUUGUUUAAGGAUCUACGACUCAUUCGAUGGGUUUCACGUUGAUCGGCCGGGCGCCCGACGACUUUCCAAGCUUCGACAAAUCCGCUCUCCUUCCCUAUUCCCCGAUACUCGGACAAUAAUUUUAGUCGUCCACGAACCGAUUAUACGAACGUUAAGAUUUUACUUUUAUUUUCGUCUCCUCGUUUCCUCUUGAUUUUAACACGCGUGUUCCUCUCGUAAACCAUCGAAGCGCGAUCGGAAGUUGCGGGCGCCCGAGGUAGCCAGUGUAAAUACGUAAUUAAGAGCGAGAGAGGCGAGAAUGAGAAACACGAAACAUUCGAGAGGUAGGUUGCUAGAGAGAGCGAGAGAAAGAGGGGGAGAGAGAGAGAGAGAGAGUGUGUGUGUGUGUGUGCGUGUGAGCGCGAGAGAGAAUAAAAGGACGAAAGAAAAAGUGGAAAAUCUUGGUUCUUUCUGGCGAUGCUGGUCGUUGCUGUCCAUCAAUAGCGGCCGUCCCACAAACAGACCGCCCACCGUUUUUCCCAAGGUAGUAUAGUCGAUCGUGUACCUUCUUUAUGUUACUGCGAUUUAAGAAAAAGGACAAAAAAAUGAUACAAGGAAGAAAAAGAGUAUACUUAAUCCAUUUAUACGUCGGGAAGUAAGUGUAUUUAGGAGAUUUUAUAUAUUGUCCCAGUAGUAUUUUAGCGAAAAUUCGAUUCUCUCGAACGAUUUUGAUUAGCGAAUUCUUGCGUUCGCGUGUAUGAUCGUGCGAAUGACAGCGCGUGGUUGUGUUUUUAUUUCUCCGUUCGUUUUCCAGAGGAACGUUCGAGAAAGAGUGCUUGGCAUAUUCGAGGGAAUUCGUGAAAUCGAGCACGCUACGAAUACGGUUUGUUGAAAGUCGUGGUCAAACUUGAAAAGUCAGUACUAAAUAGCAAGCAGGAUUAUAAGAGGUACGACGAAAAUUUGUGAUUCCAAUUUCGAACCCUCUAUUUCGAUGCUCGAGAAAGGUUAAGUCUUGUUUGUUUCGUAGCGUACCGUAUAUCCAUGCUGGAAGUUUGAUCGCAAUUUCGUUCAACGCAUCGUGUACGAUUUAAUCGACGAGAGAAUAUAAUAAUCGAUUGAGUGACGGAGCGUGCGAAUUAGCGUGAAUCGAUCGAGAGAAAGAUGCAAAGCACAAGUGGAGGGUGAACAGGUGUUCGAGUGCGAGGAAGAAGGAGAGAGACUCGAAAGAAGAGGAAUAUACAGCGAAAGGAGAUACCGCGUAUUCGCGCGGAAUCCUUCGAUUUGAAUAGCCAAAAAGAAAAUAAAGAAAAAAAUACGAAAAAAAAAAAAAUAAACAGAAAAGAAAUAGGUGAAGCUAACGAAGCGUGCGUUAUCACCGUUCGAUUUAAUGCCACGAAACCGCGUUUCUCAUGUUCAGUUUUUUCGUUUCCUUCGUCGUUUUGUUUCUCGCGUCGCAGCCAACGACGAAAAGAGAGACGUAUGCGCGCGAAAGAAAUCGUCUCUCGUUACGUUUUUCUCAGAGUGCCAAAUAUCGCAUAAGACAAAAGUAGAGGAGAAGAAGAAAUAAGGUAUUUCUAAUUUAUUUUCCGCACGGUGGUAUCUUUCGAUCGCGUUUUCUUAGCUUUUUUCCUCGCUUUUCGUUCGAGACACAACACGCAAGCGGACAACGAAAGUUUUUCGCUACUCGAGAAACUUGUCGGUCGUUCGUUUUUUUCGGUGGCCGGUGAUCGGUGAUCGGAUGCACGCGUGUCGCGUGCAAUUCGUUACCGUUCGGUUUUCAAGUUUAACAAAAGAAUCCUGGCGUUCUGGACACCCUCGAGGAAGAGGAUCGGUCGUUUGAUCGCGCGCGUAUCCGACAACAAACUUUUGUACUCCCUACCGUUUUCAAUUUUCGCUACGUGAUUGUUCGCGUUGUCGAGCGUAUAGUAGGUACCGCGCGAUAUAUUUAGACAUUCAUCGGCUCAUUUCAGUUCCUACCGCGACUCGAUCGACGCUUGGAACGAAGGAAACGAUCUUACGGAGUUUCUCUCUCGACGUGGAAAUCGGACCGCGAUCGCGUGUUUUUUCUUUCUUUCUUUCGUUCGUUCGUUCGUUCGAACGAGCGUAACUUUUUUCGAGCAUCCGAUUCGAUUCGUAAAGAAAGUUAGUCGGUUUUAACGCGUCGACGUACCGAUGUAUCCGCGAAUCGUUACGCGAACAGAACUGCACGAAUGUAAGAAGAGAUUCUGGAAAAAAACACAGGGAUUAUCGAUAAGCGAGAGAGGUACGUUUCGACGACUAAGAAUCGUCGUUUAACCCUUGUCACUUCAACACUUGUAUUAGAAACGUAACGAUAAACGCAACAAAGUAUGUUCGAGUUUCUAAUUUUUCGAAUUGUCCGGUAUCGAAAUCCCUGAAUCGUGAAAUUCUCGUAUUUCUGUCCGUAAUAAACGCCCGCGGUUUCGCUUUGACCGCGCGUGAAAAAAACUCGUGACGAUCGGUACAUAUCGCCAACGCUAUUAAUAUUUACCUCGCCCGUUCGAUAUUCGAAGAGCGGAAUAAGUAAGGCUGUAAGUGCCAAAAGUAAACUUUCGUGGAAAUUUUGUUUAUUCGUCGAAAUAUUAUUUAUCUGGAAAAUGUAUGAAAAUUUGUUUACUAUAUGUAUCACGUUAAUUUGUAUAAUAUAUUUUUGUAAAAUAGAAAGAUUGAAUUGGAGUGGAAAGGGUUAAUUUUCUCGACGGUACGUCGACGCACAGGACGCAUUCGCUCCGGUAAUGGCUAAGUCUAAGGAACGUUAAAGUUCUUUUCGAUUCCAAGUUACAGUCGCCCUAUGACGGUUCGCUAAUUUGUCGCCUAAUCCUCGUGGAGCAAAGGUUUUUGAUGGACGGGUCGCGAGGAGCAGUAGCAACGACGAUUUUCUUUCUCCGGUUGAAAGCAAAGCAUCUACCUCGAUCCACGAAAACGCUGGAGAAGAGAAUUCGAUCGUGCGGGAAGAAGACAUUUUUCCACCUGUCGAGGGUGUUUCCGAAUUUUCGAAAACAAUUAAUUAAUGAUAUUCCACGCGAUCCGUGCAACAUUGCCAUCCCGAUCGAGCGAACACGGUUUUCUAUGUCAGUGUUUUUAUGAACGAGAGAAACGGGGAGUUCGUGAACGCGACUCGUUCGAUCGGAGGUGUCGCCGCUCCUACAACUUGAGGAAAGAAAGAAGAUCCGUUCGAUCGCGUUCACGUUCUUCGCGCGCGUGUGUAUCGUAUCGUCUGUCGUAAUAUAUCGUGUCCGUGAAUAUUCUAAUAAUAAAUAAUUAAUUAAUCGAAUAGCACAUCUAUAUGGCACGUUGAGGGGAUGGGACUAAAGGUUAUAAAGCGUGGCUAAGGGGUGGGGACUUGUACACAAUGGGGGAGGGACAAACGACAAAAUAAGAAAAAGAAGCAAACGCGAAAAACAUAAAAAGGGGAUGUUCGGGAGAUUGGAAUUAACAGAGAGAGGUUAUGAAUGGUUGAACUAUGAAUAGAGUUUAGCAUAUAGUCAUUAUGAAGACGGAAGAGAGGCGAAGAAAGAAUAAGAGUAAGAGAGGAUGGGAGGAGAGGUUUUGAAAUCAUCGAUAAAUAGUAAGUUUAUAGAAACGAACGGUGUUUUUCAGGUUUAUAGUUAAGAGAAAAAACUUGCUUUGUUUCGCACGUCGAACGGCUUCAGUCGACGCCCAAAGAAGAUAUCCUUGAAUUUCGUUGAAUAUAUAUUUUAGAGACUCGGGCCUCUAAACUCGUCCCGUGUCGCCGCGAAUUUUCCUUCCUUCCUUCCUUCCUUCCUUUUUUCCUUCUUUCUUUCGCCGCAUCUUUCAAAUCCGACGAUACGAAGGAGAAAGAGCGUAUUUUCGUGGAAGGAAGAAAGAAGCGCGUCGAGCGGACGAGGAACGUUCUAGUGAUAGGGUACCGUAUCCGUGUCCGUAUUUAGUGGAUGCUCGACGAUGGGAAUAAAACGAGAAAGGAGAAAGAAAGAAAUUUUAUCCUGCAAUUUAUAUAUCGGUUGUUCUUCGAGACGUUCUUUUCAUACGGUUUCAUAUAAUCUGAGAAAAUAAAGUAUAUUAUAAAUAUAUAUAUAUAUGAAAAUAAAUAUGAAAUAUUAUAUAUAUAUAUAUAUAUAUAUGAGUCUACGUGUUUAAGGAUCGGUUUUUUCGUCUUUUAGCGUGUAAGAUUCUCUUUACAGCUGUGCUAGACAACUAUAGGUAAUACACUAUAUAUUACAUAAACGAACAUAUUUAUGGUAAGAAGAAAUACGAACGCAUAUUAUAUGCGUGGGCCGACGCCGCGCACGAUCAGAAGGCACGUUUUCACUUUCUUCGGAGAAUUUAGAAUUCAAACACGACUCUUUCGCGAUAUCGGAUCUUAGCGGAGUCUUCUCGUCAUUUCACCUUAAGAGGGGCUGUUACCUCGCGAAUGUUACAUUUUCGAAUACGGGGGCUUUCAAAUUUUCGCGUUCCUCGAUUGAAAAAUUUCGAAAGUUCCGCGUUUGAAAAUUUCGACAUCUCGAAAGAAGAAAAGGAACAACUCGUUCGACACGCUGCGUAGCGAAACUGUCGUAUCAUGAUUAAACUUACGGUACAAGUUUUCCGUUGUCACGAUCGAACGACCGCGCGAAGAUUAAAAAAGGAAGCGUGCACGGUGAUCUUUUAUUUCAGUUCACGAGAGAAACGCAAUAAUUUCACCUAUUUAUUUACGAAGACAAUAAAAUUCAAUUCCGACUCGUGUAAUAUCUCGAAGAGUUUGAAAGUCCUGUAAGCGUUGUAAGAGGGAACACCGGGCACGAAUUCGAAAGAAAAUCGCCGCGCGAUCGUUCGAUGCAGUGUGCGGGAGUCGCGCGUCGGCGACAUCUAACACACGCGAAUACACGCAACAUGUAGGAACACACGUUCGUAAGGACACAGCAACGCGUAUACGUUCAGGUCGAUGUUCUUUUAGUAAUCGUAAUUGCGAGCCUCGCAAAUCGCGAUCAGAAGCGCGUUCGAGCUUUUUAUCAUAAAAUAGCGCGACGUGGCGCGGCACGGUGCAACACCGUUUGCUCGUUAACGUUUCACCGAGCACGACGGCUCGUUCGUUAGUCCAUUUUUAAUUUCAUCUCUUCUUCCGUAGAUCCCGAGUUUCCGUGCACCAGCGAUUUUCCUCUUUUCUGUACCGUCUCUUCUGAAAAAUCAGCAGGAGGGGCCAAGGCGUUUGCAAAUUCGUUUCUUCGUACUUUCAUCGGCAUCGAUCUCGCUUCGUUGCAGACGAUUCUAUGACAUUGAAAUUUUCAUUGGUAACAUUUAGAAAUUGUACAUUUACCAGUAUAUUUACUUCGGCUUCUCAAUAUUGCAGAUAGUAACAUAUUCGAAAUUGCACGAAAGAAACGCGUUAAGGGAUAUUCGGAAGAAGGUAGACGCGAAAUGGUGAUAAUUUGUUGUGAUCGGUACAGGAAAACGGCGCCCUCCAGCGUCGAGUUGCUAUUAAGUGACGUAUUACUCUAUCCAUAUACGGUGCAACAGCCUCCUCUCGAGCGAUUAUCUUAGUAAAAUCGAACCUAGAGUUUCCAAUCUCCGACUGCUCGUGGGUCGUUAUUGCACCGUUUAGUUUUCUUUCAACGUCUUCUCAAUUCGCGCGUAGUAGCUUUCGAUGACGUUCUGUUUUUAUUUACCUCGGUCAAUCGUACAAUGACGUCCUUCAUCGGAAGUCAACUUCUUUUUUCGCAGCCAAGAAUAAUUCAUAAUUUAUAUUAUCGUUACGCGGUAUAUCUCUUAGAUAUAUUGCGGUUACGUUACGUUCCGCGUGUAGUUCCGAUCGUACUCGCUUCUCUUCGUAGUCGUUAAUUAACCGAACAAUAAUCGUUCUUUUUUUUUUUUUCAACGUUUUUGACGGUCGAUGGUUCGUUUCUGUUCGUUUUCUCCAUUCGAUUGUUCUCUGGAAGCGUAAUUUAGCAUCCUCGAGGUUCCUAAUUCAUCAUACGUUCGAGACGCGUCGAUACCUUAGACGCGAUUAUUUCUUCGCUCGUUUUCGCUCAUUCGUCUCGGGACACUAAGCCAGUAAUAUUUGAUUAUAUUACUUCUAGAAAAUUGCAAGUAUACGAUUAUUUUACGUCUUUCGUUCGAUGAGAGAAAUUUCAUAUUUAAAGAUCCGAGACGAAGCGAUAUAGAAACGAGUUAAUAGGAAAUCAACAACGAAGUCCGACGCUUCCAGCGUAGAGAGGUACGUUUAGUUUGACGGGUGAACUGCAUCGAUUCAACGUUUCUAUGUACAUCGAUCGAGUAGGCCGCUAGCAUUUAUUUAACAUGAAACAUAGCCACGCGAGAAGUAUUUUUCUUUCUUGUCUAUUUUGCGCCGCGUAUAGCGCCGCGUGUCGUGUCACGUCGCUGGACGCGUUCGAAGCGAUGCGAAACAUCGUCGCCUAUUCUUUCUUUAUUUCCAUUUCUUUCCUUCGAUUCGCGAAAUUAACACGUUUUCGAACACGUUAGCUAGAGAAAAGUCAACGUAGCCGCGUUUCGAUAAAUUACCAAAAACGUAAGCGACGUAUUUAAAUGAUUUUCUUCAUGGUCUUCGUGACGAGUCCACGAUGUUCCGGGUAUUUUCUUCGUGUCCCGAAUCCUUCUGAUUUAUUCUUAGGCACGGAAAGAGUCAGGGGAAUGGAUGCGAGUCAACGUAAACGAGUGAUACGAAGCGAGUGAGAGAGCGAACGAGCGAGUGACAGAGAAAAAGAGAGAAAGAGAGAGAGAGAGCAAAGAUCGAGCGUGGAAGAGAAAGAAGGAGGUAAAGGAUAGGAAACAUUUAAUCGAAUCGCGCCACGACAUACGCGACUUUUUAUCGAAAGACGUACAAAGUGAGAAAGAUUAGAGAGAAAGUAAUCGAGAAGAGAGAAGCAAGCAAGAUGUGUGUGCAUACUAGUUAACACGAAUGAAAAGGAGAGAAAAAUUGACCGUCGCGAACGCGGAACCGGAAGGAGUAGUUUUUUUACGUAUUUUCUCUAAAAAUUAUAGAGAUACGAUAAAUUUUGUCAGUACCGUAUUGCCUACGCGCAAUUUCUAGAGAGAUAACGAACAAGUACGACAGAAUUUUCAUUUGUAAGCAACGAUGAAAUUAGAGAAAUUCGCGAAUCGUAAUAAAAUGCGCGGUAUGCCUGUACUUUAUCGAGAGCGAUAACGAAGGUACGCGUCGUAUAUCCCGGUUGCCGAACAAUCCUUUCGGUUUCGCGCGUCCCGAGUCCCGAUUAAGUUUGACAGAUUAUUAUAAAUCUCAGCUCCCUCCCUUUUAUAGCUAACACGCUGACGAUUCGAAAUCCACUGUUUUUUCCAUGCCCAAUACGAGAAACGGAAGAGCAGCGCUAAAGAAAGGAAAGAUAAAUAAAUUCGAUAUCCAAUGGAAAUUCAAUCCUGUAAGGUGAUGCGUGUAAUUGAAAUGUACCUUUGCUGAAAAAUAUGGUAUUGUUAAUACUGAACGUGUUACGAACGACGAUGAAAUUUUAUCGAGAGCGCUACUGGAGAGCGAUUUUGUUUUUUCUGGCGAAAGAUACUUUUUCGUACGCGUCUUGUCUCUCGACCCACGGAUUCCUUCGGAAAAGCUCAAAGAAAUUUUAUUGUUAGCGAAAGGAAAGGAACGACGAUGGGAAAGGAAAGAAAAGAAAAGAAAAGAAAAAGGGGAAUCUUUUCUUCGAAGGAUGUAUUUUAUGACCACCUGUUUCGUCCACUUGAACGAUGUCGCAGGAACAUUUCGGGAGAAUAAAAAUGAUUUUUAUACGGUGUUUCUUGAUCGAGAGACAAGGCUGACGAUCGCCGACCACGCAAAUAGUACACACACCGGCUGUCUUUCACACUGUGCGAUCGUAGAAGCCAGACUUCCAGCGAAUCGAACAAGUUUCACGCUCGAACAACCAGUGUCGAACACGAAUCUUCGUCUCCGAAUGAAAUAUAAGAGUGUAUUUAAAUAAUUUCUCUAUCUCUCGGCGGAAGUUCACGCGGUUUUAUUAGAAAUUCUCGUUUCAACCGUGUUUCGAAUUACUAUCCAACAAGAGGUUAACGGUAAUUCCGAAAUCUAUCGUUGUUUCGGGGUUGGUUGUUCAGGCGUCGAAGGAGAACAUCUACGCGAUAGUUGCUUACCGAAAUUUAACGGAACGACGCCUCCCAACGUGUUUCGGUUCGAACUGAUUUUCGUGACGAAGAAUUUUCAUGGCGGUGAUUAAACGUUUCGUUGACGAUUGAAACGGAAUAACUCUCGAGGACGACGAAGUUCGCUAAAUCGCGGGAGUCUGGCUGUAAUCGAGUCGAUCGAGGAUAGGUUGGCUUAAGGUACAAAUGUACAUAGGAACAUAACGUUGUUAUUUAACCUGAUAACACCCCUGUUCCUCUUCGUUGUCUCGCGCCUUUCGAACGCAUCGAACAACGCUGUUUCUAAAAGACAUUAUAUUUCUCGAGGUUAGAAAAGAAAGAAGAAAAUUAUCCAGAAUCGAGUUUGCUCGAAGAACGAGAGACAGCGAAGGAAAGGGGAAAGGUGGUUGCGAAGCAGAGAAGGGAAAAGGCGGAUAAAAGAAUCGAUCAAUUAAUCGACGCGUAGCUGCGUUAGACAAUUGGUUCACGGCUCUUCCUCCUUCCUUUUUCGUCGUUUGUCCCUGUCGGGGAUUUAUUUCCUUUCAACCUACCACCAUCACCGUACAUUUUAUUUCCCCUUGGUGGAUGGCCCGGUUUUUACGAGCCGUGAUCCGAUCGAUCGACGCUCAGGGAAGAAGAGAGCGAACGAGUCUCGUUACGGGAACGAAAGCAACGAGGAAUUCUAUAAGCGAGAAACAUCAAAUACUACGUAGACUCGCAACAUUUACGCGCAUCGGUACGCGUGUAGCUUCUUUUCUUAUUCGUCGCGUACGAUGGUUUAAUUUUCGCUUCGCUUCGUUUUUGUUUUCUGCCUCGAACUCGCGUGUUCGUCCGACAUCCCUCCGCUCUUUCGUCAGCGCCUCGCUCGAGCAUCGUUCGGCGAGUUAAAAGUCUUCGAGAAGCAGACCGACGUUAACGAAUCGUAGAAAAUUCCAAAAUUCAAAUGCUCCAACAGCUAUAUUCAGGAAUAUAUGAUCGAAGAAAUGGAAGAAAACGCUGGCGAAAGAGAAGGAGACAAAGAUUCGACGAAAGGACGACGAUGGACGCGCGUGUAACGAUCGUGAUUAAGCUUUCGCGAUCGAGAUGCUUGUAAUUAAUCGUAAGCUACCGAUAGGCUGACACCGCGAAGUAUCGAAACUCGUCUCACAGGCAAUUUCCUCAUAAAGUAUAAACCGUUGUGUCUGAAUGGCGUGUGGAUGUACUAUCGGCUACCCUCCCCUUCGUACAGUUAACCGAGUCCACCUUAUAAUCUCUCUGUGUACAUAUACAUAUAUACGCGUAAUACGUAUUCAUAAUCGUGUGUAUCGCUCCCUUAAUUACUAUUAUAGUAGCUUCGAAGCUACUGUCGCGUUUAUCCGAUAGAUUCUCGGCAGAACGUGCACGGAUGAUCAUUGAAAGGAGCAGAGUAGAGGAAGAUUCGCCGAUGGCCACCUCGAUGAUCUCUCGAAACGCUCUCUUCUUUCGGUCGUAGCUUUAGAAUCGCAAUAAAAUGUCCGUGAAUGUAAAUAUUAACGCGAGGAAUAUCGAGUAUUUGUGCACGUCGAAAGCUCGAAAGAUCUUCGAGGUAGUCAGCAGCGGUUUCCAACGUCGGAACACGGACGCUUGUUCGUAACAACUAACAAAGAUGAUUUUUCUAAGCGCAUACGCCACGAACUGUCCACUGACGUAACCAGGCAGCGAUCAGAACGAACAUAGAUCGCGUGUCGAUACAUCGUGUAACGAUACGACAAAUGCGCUGGUUACGCCAACGGAGAAGCAGCUUAGUCGAUCGUACAAAGAGCGGCGGGAGGAGAAAAAUUGAUUCACUGUAAUUCAACACCAAUAGAGCGACGUGUUUUCGCUUUGUUCGUUUCGUUAAUUCGAAUCGAAUCGUUCGGUUGUUUGACGCGCGCGGAUCCGCGGCGAGAGCUCGUUUCGCAGGGAACUCGGCGUUUCAUUUUUCAUCGCAUCAAAAGCAGAAAGAACAACUGUUUUUCUCUUACGAGAAACGAUAAGCAAUCUCUCUUUUGAACGACGAGGAUCAACCGUACGUGUCGUCGUGUUUUAGGCUGUAAGCUUUUUUUAUACGCGGAAAGGGGGAAAUUUUCAAAUCGGACGCGCCAAAUUUCGAGAUUGAUCGACUUUUUAGGUAUUCGACUGAGGGCGUAAAAGAUUUCGGGGCAUUUUUAUUCGGCUGUGUAUGUUUAUUAAGGCGGGUGGGGGGGAUGGGAGGAAAUUUUCUUGAAAAGCAAAAAAAAAAAGGAGAAGGAAAUAUAAGACGUGCAUCGUAAUAAGCGUAAUCGGUUAAGAUUUCGAAAAUGAUUAGAUGAAUAAUUUUUGUACCCUAUUUUUUUACGCGAUCGCCGAGGCGAUCACGAAACGAGAUCGGGCAACAAGGGUCGAACGUUUUUUAAUACGCGCUUUAGGACUUCUAGCUCGUUAAGUUUAGUUUAAGCGUAAAACCGCGUCGCGUAACGUAUCGGUAGCUGUCGAAAAAGAGGAAGAAGACGAAGAAGAAUAAGGAGGAAGGAAACGAGAAACGCGUGCCGCGGAAAGGAAAAGAAAGAGGAAAAAACAUUUGGAAAUGUUUCGAGGAAACUUUAAUCGAAAUUCUCGUUCGGGUUAACCCUCUCGAGAAGAGAAAAGAGGAUUUGUUGGAGGACGAACGCCGAAUAAGGGUAUACGACCACGGGGGAGGAAAGACUUUUUCGUUCGGAACGAGGAAUCACGGCUGAGAUUUUCCUCGAAUGGAAAGAAAGGGAAACAGCGGAAGAAGUCGAAGGAAUUUCGGUGGAAAAUAAAAGCAGCAUUCUCUUUAGGGUAUCGUAGUUCUUCUAACGCGUGUUUAGCUGAUAUUAACUAAUGGGUUAAUCGAUAUCGAUUGUAAAGUAAGCGGAGCCGAAAAGAUAAGGAAAGACCGAUCGGACGGCAGGCAGAAUAACGAGCGACGAAGAGAUCGAAGGUGUGAAACAGAAGGACGACGGGGAAGAAACAAUUGUGCGUGUUUUUCUUCGAGGGGAAAACGAGUAAUAAGGGUUCAUAGUAAAACACAAGCGAUUCUUGUGCAUUGCGUUUGCAAAAAAUAAUCAAUGCUGGUAGUGCGGACCAAACGGGACAACUGACAGAGGGUGUUUUAAAGGUAAAAGGAGAAGGGAAAAGAAAGGAGAAAGGAGAAAGGAGGACGUGACGCGGAGACGACUGUUUGUCUUUGAUAUCGAACAGCGAGGAACGAAAGGGAAAUUGGAAGAAAGAACGAGAUUCGUGAAAAUUGCCGCUCCAUCGGAAAUCAACGUCCGGGAAGACUCGUUUUUUCUAGUAAUUAAACAGAAAGAAAAAAGAUGAAUAUUUUCACGGAGCGUGCAGAUGAUGUCUCGAACGAUUUUUAUCCGUUAUUAUAAGUCAUAAUCGAUUAUAAUAUGUUCUUUUCGACAUCGAAUCACGCGAACGUUUCUUUUACUCGAAGGAUUUUUCAUUUUUUCACCUAGUACUUAAUACGAAGAAAAGAACGGGAAGGGAUGAAAAUCGUUGGAGAAACGACGCUUCGACGAUCCUACGAUUGGCUACGUGGUAUUCGAAAGCGAUACACCAUUAACGUUUAAGAAUUGUGCAAAACAUUUCUAUCGGAUUGGAUGCACUUAACUGUCAGAAUAUGCGCAUUUCGCUGUCUCGUUGAAGGGAGUAUUUCUGUAUCGAUGUACGCGAAUGUUCUGCUUCGCCUCGCGCAUGCUGUCUCAGUCUUUCGAUUAUCGAACAAUCGACGAAAUUCUGUCGAAUUCUUUAGAGAUUAGCUACUUUGAACGAACUGGCCCGUUCGAGACGCAACGAACAUAUAAAUUUGUACGAGUCGAAUUUUAAUCGGAAUCGGAUCGUUUCGCGAGAGAACGAUUAAAUAUGAAAAUGAAGUUUUCGCUAUACGAACUCGCGCGAUAUAAGCAUAAACGAUAAAACUGAAGUCGAGUAAGCGCGAGGUCCAGGGAACUUGGAGGAAAAAGCAGUCCGAAUUCGAUCGAUGUCUUGCAACUGUAUCUAUUAUAUAUUCACGCAUUAAUCGCGUACCGACAUCACCAAAUUGUAAAAACUAUUAAUCCGUAGUGUACUUUCGCCGUUUCGAACUUAGGUUCAACGAGAUUCAGCCCCCUGCAUCGCAAUAACGAUCAUCUUCGAUGAAUCAUUGAUCUGCCGCGAGACGAGGGGCGUUUCCAAGCGGCGAGAUCUUAUAUACAUAUUCGUAGGUUACCCUUUUCACAUUCUAGCGUUUAUUGAAACGCGAUCGCUAAUAUUCCCCUACCGUUACGCGUAGUUUACCGAUAGUUCAAAUUUUGGCGCGUUCGCCAAAAGAGGAAGAGAACGAGGAAGAGAACGAGGAAGAGAACGAGAACGAGAACGAGAACGAAAAGCAAGAAACUUGAGGGAGAUAACGGUUGAAAAUUUUUCGAAGAAAUCGAGUUGGAGUAAUCGGUAGGAACGCGCCACGGUGAUCAACGAUCUCGAAUAAGCGAAUGAUUGCGAGGGAUGAAUGGUUCUCUAUCCAUCGGUGAAUUUCAACCAAGCCAGGAGAGGAAUAAACGAGACGAGCAAGUAGGGACGAAUUCUCGUUGGCUCCUACUACUCUUUUCUUUCCGUUCCACCGCGUUUUACACUGUUUUUCCCGUCUCGGUACCGGAGGAAAGCGAAGCGACGGAGAAAAUCUCGGAAUGCGAGUAAACGCGGCGACGCGUUUAAUCGACCACGAGAACUACGAUGCCGAUAACGACACGCUUUAUCCGUUCGAUUGUUCCUUACGGUUGUUGCGGAAACUAACCCGAAACUCGAGUCGAUCCGAUUCGUGUAACAAGCUUAAGGAAAUUUUCUAGAAUCGUCCCUUUUUAAGGAAAUUCUCUUUACGUUUCACGUUCCCGAAGAGUUAUACUUCAACGAACCACCGAUCGAGCGUGUCGUUAUUCUCGUUACGAAUCACUCGAUAAAUCUGCGAGGUAACAUCGAAACCGAACAAAGAUCCCUUAUUUCGAAUGACUGCCACGAAAAGAAGAGAAAAAUCCUUCGUCGACACUAUUUAAUUUAAUUGGCAGACGUCUCGAGUACUCCGCAAACGGAGAAAAAGAAAACAGCCGAUGGUAGCUGUUUUCCUUUUUAUCUCGAGAUCGUCGCGGAAAAAAGGUUCGUCCAUGUUCGGUGAACGACAACGAAUAAAAGAGAAUCGAUCGCGAAUUUUAAUCGAGGAGGGCUGUUUAAAACGGAAAUCUCGUGGUCGAACGUGGCGACGACGACGCGUUUCGACCGAAUUGCUUUUCGUUCGAUAAAUCAUUGCCUCAAUCGCAGACUUUCGUCGGCGUUUCAGCGCAUAAAAUCGUUUGUCGCUCGAUGAAGAAUUCCGUGCGACAGAAUCUCGAUAUUUCUCUUCUAAAAAUAAUCGUAUCUAUCGAUUAAUCGGAACAAAGAAAUUGAAAAAUUCCGAACGUAGAAAUUGUAAAAUACAUCCUUCGGCAUAAGAAAAUAACGAGGUUCUAGCGUAAAACGGUCGCCGAUUUCAAAACGAGAAGCAGAGUCGAAGUUAGCUCGACGAUACCUCCCCUAUAAAGAGUACAAAUUUUUCUAACCAAGAUGAUUAUAUUCGAGCGACGAAACGGAAUUAUUGCCACGAGGAAGCAGCGGUAGAAAGACGGAAACGGAUGCGUGAAGCGUGCGUAAAAAGGGGACGAGAAAGAAGGGGAUGCGUUACCAACAACCCAAACACGUUAGCAUCAAAGAUAGGAAAGAGAUUUUUCCCUGGUUAACGAUAUAGUAGGAGUUCUUUUAAGCGCGAUAUAAUAGCGAUACGAGAAUUCGCAAAUGAAUCUAUCGUAACGCGGUACCGCAAACUUUUAUCUAGAAUUUAGGACUCGUUCAAGGUGUAUGUCGCACGAUACGUAUAAUUAUAAUACAUAUUAUGAUCGUAUAUACAUUUAACGACGAUUACGCAUCACUUGUACGUUUAACGUUCUUACAAUUAGACUGCCAUUAGCACUUAAGGCGCGGCUUCGCUCUAUUUAUCUCGAAUUAUCCCGAAUUCUCUCAGGUAACGCGGCCGAGGGAACUGUGUUGCUCGCAAUUCACCGUGGAACAGGAAUUUCCAUAAACUUUUCCGCGAAGUUGUAUUUUUCGGAAACUCGACACGUUUUCGGAUGGAAUGCUUGCAACUAGUUCUCAUUGACGCAACUCGUAAUGCUUAUUCGUCCCACGGAAACAAAAGAGAGAAAAAGAGAGAGGGUGAUGCCUACUUUCUUCGAUAUCAUUUUUUUUAUUCGGAAGCGCAAGAAAAAUUUGUACGCAAUCACAAAUAGGAACCAUAACCGAGCUAUAGCGAAAUAUACUAUCGCAAUUAACGCGCUCCUAGAUCAUAUAUUUCUGCAUGGUACUCUAAGGAUCGUUAAAGGGGUACCCUCUCUCGGAAUGCCGAGCUGAUGUCUUAAGUGAAAACUACUGGUGCAUUAUAAUCAACGGUAAGAAACAUAGGAGAAUCGCGCGCAGGAAAAUCUGAAAUCUUAAUUAGUGCGCGCGUAUGCUUGUGCGUAUAGAGAAAAUGCGACGAACUAGAUAUUCGUAACUAGAACCUUUCAUGUGUUUAUUGCAUGCAGUCCCGCUCUCUAGGUUCAGAUGAAAUGCUAUCCUUACCUAUAUGUCUCCUCCGAUUCGCCUCCUAAUUCUAUGGGAAAAUACGUACAUAAGACUAACAAUCGCGCGACCAACUAACGAACACGUGUACACGUUACGCGUACAAACUAUUCACUCACUGUUUAUCAUCGAUCGACGAUUUUUCGAACAGUUUCCUUACCAUCGAGAACAUUAACUUUGUAGCCCGUGCGAGUUGCUCGGUCGUGUUUGUCCCAGCCAACGGUAAAUCAAUUAAAAAGAGCAAUCUCGAGGACAUCCGAAUCCAUUUUUCGAGCGAUUUCUUUUCGACGGAACACAGCUGCACGCUGCGCGUCGAAUCUUGGCUCGGAAAACGAAAUUUUCUUUCGAAGGAAAAAUUUUUGUCGCUGCAGCAAGUAGAUCGACGGGAAACGUGUACUCUUGCUGACUCUCACCAGCCGACGAAAUCGCGUUCUCUUUUGGCCGAAAAUCAAUGAAACAUAAAGGAACGAAGCUCCUGAUUCGACGACGCGGAUUCCAGAAAAGAAAAUUGAUCGCGCUCGAAAAAUAGCUUUCGAAUCCGCGAACGAAACUGCCGACGAAUGUAAACCGUUCCAGCCUUCGAUUUUUCUCAGGCGUUUUUUAAACGCGUUUCGUGAACCUCGAAAUUCAGACUGAUCCUUCGUAGACGACCUACGGUAAUUUAUAAGAAAAAGAAAAAGAAAACAUAACGAAGAAAAAUCGCGUGGAUCAAGAAUCGUUCGAAGCAAUUCUUAGACUUCCUUUUUCUUUUAAGAAAGUUUUGCUCGACAGACGCUUAAAAAAUGAAACGAAUACAAUGCGGCGAACAUCGUCCAUUCGACGACUCCAUAUCCGAACGUUCAAGAGUUGCUUGAUAGUUCGAAUAUCCGUAAUUAUUUACUCGAGCAUCGGCUGGACGAUCGACGUCGCGCAUAAAAAUGAAAAGAAAUUACGUUUGCACUUUUGCACACGAAAUAUAUUUUUGAUAAUAAUCUAUUCAAAAGUGGUCUACAAAAAAAAAAAGAAAAGAAAAGGAAGGAACGAAAAACACGGAACGAGAAGGAAGAAUUUUUGUAGUAGUAGCGAUCGUCGUAGUUGGUAGAAGUAGUAGUAUUAGCAGUAGUAAUAGUAGUAGCAGCAGUGGUAAUUAAUGCUAGUAUUUAUUAGUAGUCUGUCGAGCAAUAUUUUGUGAAAUUUCUAACGUUUAUUUGAACGCGCGCUACGUCCUUGAUCACGCGAUCGAUCUUCGCGUACGUACACUUCGAUAUACAUACAUAUAUUCUGACUAAAACUCGACUGAGCUUUCGAUUAGGGAAUUUUAGGUAUUUUUCAGGAGCUUUUCCGCAUAAUUAAUACAUAUACGAUACCAGCGAGCCUCGUUUUAGGCUCAAGACCUUCGAUAAAUCUGCCACUGGAAUUGGUCCUCGAGAAUAUUCAGGUGUCGCGUUGAAUAUAUCCUAUUCAAUCGUUUCUAGUUAACGAUAUAUGCUAGAGAAAGAAUUUCCACGACGACGUGGUAAUUCUCAACGAAUCCUACUUAGCCUAUAUCUACGAUUAUACGAUGUCUAAUCAAAUUUCUUAACGCUAUUUACCGAACACGGUGAGAAAGACACUUGUACAAAAGUACAGACACUGUGCUGGAGUUAAGUAUCCAAAACGCGAGUUCAACCGUACUAAAACAUGUAGCCAAACGAUUGCCACCGAUAUGAACAGUAAUCGUUGAAAAGCGCAUCUCGUCAACGCGUUGAUCGAUUCGAUCAUCGCCGUUUUCGUUCGCAGUUUAUGGAGUAGAUAGAAAAUUUAACCCUUGCGUUAACACCGUUCACUGCCAUACCGGAAAUCAGCGUCGUAACCAUUUUAUUGUUCGCGAUUCGAUCUCUCAGUUUGUAACGAAAAUGUCGUUUAGUUCGCUCGAGGGAAUGGCAGUCGACGCGUUAAUAACUGCUGGGUACGUACCUACCUACCUACCUACCUACCUACCUACCUAACACUUGCACGCGGAUAUUAAAAAAUUUAUGAUCACCCUUUUAGAAUACUGUAGGGUAUCGUAUUAACCGUUAGCCGAACAAUAACAGCGAGAAUCUUGGAUAUAAGGAAAAAACGAGAGACAAAUGUAUUUUAAGAUCCCUGCAUAUCCUCGUUUUUCGAAUAAUAUGACAAAAAUGACGCGCGAUUUUAUCUCCUUCGAUGUUAUGGCCGAUUACAGUAAUAAUACUACCUAUGCCGCGAUAGAAAUUUCAAAACGAAAAUUAUCGAAAAGUUCUUUAUAGCGACUAAAAUUAUUUUAUUCGCGUUUUUAUAACAAUUUGCAUAAUUUAACGAAGAAAUGACCUUCGUGAAAAGUUGAACAUUCUGAAACAUUGAAAUGUUAAUACAAGGGUUAAUUGGGAAUUCGUGUAAAACGAGACAAGAACACAAGAUUGAUGCGGUUAGUAAGGAAGAAAAACUAUUAUCACGCGAAACUCGAUGGAACAUACACGUAGUCGUUUUCAACAACCGUGAACACAACAAACCCUAUUAAUUAUCAUUCUAUCGUUAGAAUAUAAGAGUUGAUAUUUAAGAAUUCGUAUUGUAAUAAUUGUAUGCGACUAUAUUUGUUUGGUUGGCUUGAGGGCGAGAGUCUAACUCGGGUGUUAUUAGAUACUACGCUGUACCUUUAGCUGGUGGGCAAUCGGCAAUCGGAUUAUUUUCAAGAAAACGCUGAACAGAAAACAGCGACAGUGACUGCUAGUCUCGCGACGAUUCUGGGAGACGUUUCUCGUCCUUCCAACUUUAAAGAAAAUUCUCGUUUUCACGCCAGUUCAGGUUAUAAAAGUUUCUACGUAUACGCGAUUCCAUAAUGGCGCGAUAAAUAAAUUUUAGCAUUUCCUUUCAAUUUCGGCGCACCGAUAUUAUUUCCGAACGAAUCCUAAAAAGCAAAUAACGUAAAGAAAAACAAACGACUUUUCGAUCGUCGCGAGAAUGGAUCGAAUCUAUCGAAUCACCGCUAGUAAAACGUACAAAGCAAGAGGAACGUAUUCUCGACGCGCGAACAGCGAAUUCGUCGAUCGAGAGGAACAACUCGACGCUGGGCGUCGAAGUCAUCCGCGACCGCGAAGAGGUAGGUGGUACGCACUCGUGACAAAAAAGAGAAACAAAAGUAGAGAAGACGGAAUAACGGAAAUUGCGAAGGGCAGUCGAGAAUACGGUUCCCUCUGAACGAGCGAAGGAAGAG